GCAGCAGCAGCAGUGGCAGCAGCGAUCCGAGUUGCAGUCGGAGCAUCGCGAGCAAAGGAUCGUCGUCGUGUGACAGAGCCAGAGUAGUCACCGCCGCAACUGAGCCCUGAACGCCGCGCUUAAACAACUAAAUCCCUCUCACUCUCAAUAGCCGAUACAAUAUACGUGCGAAGACAUCUAAAAACUUGGUGCACAGCGACAGAUAGAGCAGUCAGUCAGUAACAAUCCAAGUAGACGGCAUUUCCGGAUCUAGUGUAGCUUUGGCACAUGUUCGGUUGUUGAAGCUUUUCUAGAGCACACACGCGCGCGAGACAGAGAGAGAGAGAGAGAGAGAGAGAGAGAGAGAAAGAAAAAGAGAGAGAGAGGGAGAGAAGAGAAGAGAGUGAGAAACGGAGAAGUCAAGUUCAACGUUUAGAGCUUCGUUCAUCGUUCGGGCUCGUCGUCAUCGUCUCGUCGACGGAUAGGCAAGCUGGAGGAAAUGGCUUUCAACGGGGACGGGCCCCACUCGAAGCGGCAGCGACUCGAAGAGUCUGGCCACAGGAAUCACGAGUACGGUUACGGCGAGGAGCCGAGGCGUAAGAGGGAAGACAACAACAAGCCAAAUCACGUGCUACUCUUCACCAUCAUCAAUCCAGUCUACCCCAUCACCGUGGAAGUUCUACACGCGAUCAGCCAUCAGAGCGGACAGGUGCAGCGAAUCGUCAUCUUCAAGAAGAACGGCGUUCAGGCCAUGGUUGAAUUUGACUCGGUCGAGUCGGCAACCAGAGCGAAAGAGGCCCUCCAUGGUGCAGACAUAUAUUCGGGCUGCUGCACAUUAAAAAUUGACUUUGCCAAGCCCACGAAACUAAACGUUUACAAAAACGACUCGGAAAGUUGGGAUUACACUACACCGGCAAUUGGGGCGCACAAGGACGGACAGGGCAACCCGAGGCCAGCCCCGCUGCUCGCCGAGCCGCGCUACGGAGCCGCGCCGCAGCCCUACGGAGCAGCCGUCGCGCCGGCCGGCGGCGUGCAGUUCGGUGGCGCCGGGGCCGGCGCCGCUCACGACAGGUACGAGGAGGGCUUCAACGGGCCGGCCGCCUACGCCGAGCCCUACGUCGAGCGCUACGGGCUCAAGUCCGCUGCCGAGUUCGCCGGGCGCGAGGCUCUGCACCCGACCCCCGGCACCAGACCUGAUUGUGUUGCAGGCGCCUAUGUGCCGGGCGCUGCACUGGGUCAAGCACCGACGGGCAGCGCGCAAGGAUCGGUCAUGAUGGUGUACGGCCUACAGCCGGAAAAAGUCAACUGCGACAAGCUCUUCAAUCUGUUCUGCCUGUACGGCAACGUCAGCAAGGUCAAGUUCCUCAAGACGAAGGAGGGCUGCGCAAUGAUCCAAAUGGGCGACAGCAUCGCGGUGGAGCGCUGCCUGCAAAAUCUGAACAACGUCACCAUCGGCAACCAAGACUCCACGGUCAAGCUUCAGCUGGGCUUCUCGAAGCAAGCCUUCCUGUCGGACGUCACCAAUCCCUACAUCCUGCCCGACAAAACGCCCAGCUUCAAGGACUUCACCGGCAGCAAGAACAACAGGUUCUUGAACCCGGCGAUGGCCAACAAAAAUCGAAUUCAGCCGCCGUCGAAGAUCGUUCACUUCUUCAACACGCCGCCCGAUCUCACCGAGGAGACGGUCCACCGCGUGUUCAUUGACCAUGGAAUUGAGCCACCCACCACCGUCAAGCUUUUCCCGCUGAAAUCCGAACGAUCCUCAUCCGGCCUCAUCGAGUUCAGCUGCGUUGGCAUUGCCGUUCAAGCUAUUAUGGAGUGCAAUCAUACCGCCCUUGAAAACAACAAUGGCAAGUUCCCGUACAUAAUGAAGCUGUGCUUCUCGUCGUCGCGCACUAUCCCGAGCAGCUUCCCCGCGGGAACGGGAGGCGGCAGCGGCUCGGGCUCAACCUCGGGCUCGACCGGUGGCCAGUCGGCAAACAACGGCCACGCCAAAAUGCAGCAGGACUCGGAAUAGAACGGCGAGGCCCAGGGUCAGCAGCGUCAGCGCCAGCGCCAGCAGCAGCAGCAACAGCAGCAACAGCAGCACCAGCAGCAGCAGCAGCAGCAGCAGCAGCAGCAGCACCAACAGCAGCAGCAGCAACGUCAACGCGUCGCGGCAGCACAAGCCCAAGCUGCUCUCAACCUGCAACUGGCAGCGGCAGCCUGCACCACAGCAGCAGCAGCUCAGCAGCAGCAAC